AUGAUUUCAUCAAGCACUUGGGUCCCAAGAGGAUUUCCGUCAGAAUUUCCAGAGAAGUAUGAACUGGACGAUGAAGAAAUGGAAAGGAUCAACCAAUUGGCACAAUUAAACUUGGAGGAUGCUCAAGAGAAUCUUGAAGAAGCCCAAGAGGAUGGUGAAACACUCAAGGAGCAAGUUGAGCUUGAUGACGAUCUGAAAGAAUAUGAUUUGGAGCACUACGAUGAUGAUGACAAUGAAAGUGAUGGUGCCGAAGCAGCGAUGUUCCCAGGGCUCUCGGAUGAGGUUAAAUUCCACGAGGGAAAAGAUGGAGAGGACCCAUAUCUGACCAUGCCAAACCAGGACGAGGAUCAGCAAGAGAAGCAAGAGCUGCAGGUUUAUCCAACCGAUAAUAUGGUACUGGCGACCAGGACAGAAGAUGAUAUUUCCUACCUUGACGUAUACGUUUACGAUGAUGGUGCUGGUUUCCACGACUCAGAGAUUCCACAGGAAGCUGGCGAUAAUCAGGAUCCUGACGUCGCACGUGGUCUAGUACGUGACAGUUCUCUUUAUGUACACCAUGACUUGAUGCUUCCAGCUUUUCCUUUGUGUGUUGAGUGGGUUAAUUACAAGCCGGGUUCCAAUUCCGAGGAUCCAGCGAACUUUGCUGCAGUUGGUAGUUUUGAUCCACAGAUUGAGAUUUGGAAUCUCGACUGUGUGGAAAAAGCUUUCCCAGACAUGAUUCUUGGUGAGCCACAGGACAACUCGUCAGCCGCACUCAAAACCAAGAAGAAGAAUAAAAAGUCUAAAUCGAAGCACGUUACAACUCAUCACACGGAUGCUAUAUUGUCUCUUGCUCACAGUAAGCACUUCCGUGCUGUUUUGGCCUCGACCUCUGCAGACCAUACUGUUAAGCUUUGGGACUUGAACCAGGGUAACGCAGCUCGCUCUCUUGCAUCCGUUCACUCAAACAAAAACGUUUCGUCUUCCCAAUGGCAUCCUACAAGUGGCUCUAUUCUGCUAACCGGUGGUUACGACUCUCGUGUAGCUUUGUCUGACGUGAGAAUUGCAGAUGAUUCUCAAAUGAGCAAGUACUGGUCAGUUAUGUCAGGCGAAGAUAUUGAAUGUGUUCAAUUUGCAGAUGACAACGUUUUCAUGUGCGGUACAGAUUCCGGUAAUGUCUAUUCAUUUGAUUUAAGAAAUGGUGAGAAUAGCAAUCCACUAUGGACGCUAAAGGCUCAUGAUGCUGGCAUAUCAUCCCUCAAUGUGAAUUCUUUCAUUCCUAACAUGAUAAGCACUGCUGCCAUGGGUGAGAAAACAGUGAAACUGUGGAAAUAUGGUGCUAAUGGUCCAAGCAUGGUAUUGAGCCGUGAUUUUGGUGUGGGCAACGUGUUGACGACCUCCUUUGCUCCAGAUAUUGAGGUUGCAGGAACAAUUGUUAUUGGUGGUGUUAACAAGGGUUUGAAAUUAUGGGAUGUUUUCACCAACAGAUCCGUACGUAAGGGAUUCUCUGAAGAGUUAUCCUCUUUGCAAAAGAGAGCUCGUGAAGAAGCUACCAAGUUGGGAAAAGGAUCCAGAAUUGCUAGAAAGUAUACCAAGAAUGACAACCCCGAUACGGUUGUCACUAUUGAGGACCAGGGCGAAGAUGAAGAAGAAGGUGACGGAGAAGAGGGUGAAGGAGCGGAAUGGGAAGACAUGGAAUGA